AUGCAGGCUGCGAUCCCAGGAAACACCCCGCAAAAAGCCAGGAGACGCGUGCUCGGCGAGAAGACAGCCAACGCGUCAUUAACGCCAGCCACGAAGAGAAUCGCCGACGCAAACGCACAAAAAUUUCAAACGGCUACGAUUCCAUACAUUGCUUCAGUGAAAAAAUCAUCACCAACGAAGACCCGAGACAUCUCGUCGGGUGCUUGCCAUGCCGGACAGAAGCGUUCAAUAGAUCAAGUGGUGGAAAACAUAAAAGAGGCCGAAUCCGAGCCUCGGAAAGUGUUGAUGACUUCGCAAACGGAGGUAGAGGGAGAAUUCGAGAUACUCAGUGACGACAAUGGCACGCAGUCUCGCCAAAGAAAGGCACCCGAAGUACCAACUUCACAAGAGACAGAAGAGGAAAGCCCCAAUGAGGUAUCCUCGAGCAGAGUUCCAACAGAACCUGCAGCAAGAAAACUAUUCAUUCAGCAGCGAGCCGCUUUAGCUAGAAGUAGACUGCAGUCUGCCAUGCGUCGCGUCAGCGAGAAAUCUCUUGACUGUGCACUCUCUCAAUUCGAGGCAAACAGUCGCCCAUUCGUACGAUCCUUGUCCUCCUCGUCUGCGUCGACACCUUACCAACAGCCACAAGAGCAAAGAUCUCAAAAGCCUUCACCCACGAAGAAAAAACGUGUAUUACUGCCACCUCUUCCUCUUCAACCACGAUCAAAACCUGUUCGGUCUUCUGCACAGACCACGGCAGCUUCGCCCUCGUCGAAAUCUUUGAGCAUUGUUGAUUUACCAGAGACGGAUAGUGAAGUGGAGGCAUUCGGCGAGUCAAAUGAAGACAAUGACAAAACACCCAGACAAAGUGACAUCAGAGAACAAGACGACAUCGUUGAGUCUCACGAUCUCGGGGUUACUAUGAGCCAGGAAAGUGAUUCUGUGAUGGACAAACUUAUCAAGUGGACCCAAUCAUCGACUGAUUCGGUACGUGCGGAGACCUAG